AAGGCAAGUCACUUGUGGUAAACCUCUGCAAUUUCUGAGCAAUUUCCAAGGAUUUUCAAUGGCUUUUUGUCCGAAAACUUUCAACCAGAGUGGAUCAUGGAUUGGGGCUGAACCCCAUACUCGUUCUAAGCGAGUCUUUUCCCAUGUCAACUCUGCUGAAGAAAUGGGCAUGGCCUCUCAUUGGAGGCCCCAGUCUGAGCACCCAUACAAAUAUGUGCGGGCAACACGGUUUUCUUCCAGCAAGUACUGGAAGGAGUACCAAAAGCGGCAAGCUGCUCCCCAGGAGCAGCAGUACCAUGGUAUGACCAGCCUGCCAACCUCAGCACCUCAGACCCUGAGAUUUGUGGGCAACUUGAUCCACCCUCAGUCCACCAAUGUCAGAGGUAGCCAGCUGGCCUCACCUGGAUCUGUGGUGACUCCGAUGAGGAGGAAGGACAUUUCCUUUGUGGGGCCUGCUCUUCCCAACAUGGCUACAGCCUGCCCAUCCAAUAUGAACAACCUCAUCCCUACAUCUGAUGGCACAGCUGCUUUGCUGAGCCAGCUUGGACCCCUAAAGUUUAUGGGGAAUCUCAAUCUCUCUGCAGAGGUUCUUCAUGGUCAGCAGAACAUCAUAGGCCUCAAGCCAGCCCAGUCGGCUGGCAUCAUGACCCACGGAGGACUAGCAGCUCCAAGGGUCGACGUCAUGUCGUCCAUGUCUGCAGCUCCUGCGAGCCUCUCCACUUGGACCUUUGGUGGAGCCCCGACUCACUCUCAGACCACUGGCUCUCACUACAGCAGAGAGGACCUUCUAAAGAUGAUCAAUCUCCAUGGUGAAAUGAUGGUCAAGUACAGGGAGCUGAGGGGUAAGGCUGAGAACAUCGAAAAGCUGAUGAUGCAGCCAGUGUGCCCUACUGAGCGUCAGGAGAAGACAGAGAACAAGGCAAAGGCAUUGGAUGAUCUCACUGGGGGUAUUGUUCUUCCUGAGGAUGCUAUGGAGAAACUUGAGGCUAUUCCUGGCAUUUUGGACUUGGCAAGAGAGAUGGGCUUCCUGUGUUAAAGACAUUUAAUUUAAUUCACAUUUUAAAUGUCAUCAUG